AACAAGAAGGUUAGGAAUCAAUUGGGUGGAUAUGUAACCCAUCUAUACAAUCGAAUCCAAAACGGUGUUGUUAAAGGCAUUCAUAUUAAGGCUCAUGAAGAGGAAAAAGAGAAAAAUGAAUCAUUUAUUCCAAAGGUUGGUGUUUUGGAUGUUGAAAAGAUCAUCGUGGAUUCAGUCACCUACGGUAUGAUUGAACACUACAAUAUUGAAGGGGAUAGUGGCCAAUUAGAUGUAAAUAUCCAUAUUCUAAGCAACUUCAAAGAUUGA